AUGGAGGGCCACUCUGAACAGUCCCACUCGACGCAGUCGCAUACUGCCUCGCACUCCCAGACCUAUACCUCCGAGACUAUGCAACAAUCCUCGAAUGAUCAGGAAUUCGAAUCCACCAAUGAUGUGAACGGGGCGGAUUUGAAACCCACUUCAACAUCGAGCUCCUCCCUGAGUGACUCCGUCAAAAGCCACGAUGGUCGCUGGGGAGAAGCCGAGAUCGGCAAGCCGGUCUCCCGCAGCGGCGCCCGUGAGGAUAUCCAAGAUAUGCGCCGCGAACUGACCCGCCUGAGUCUGCACCGCACUCGCUCGACCACCAAAACCACCAAGAGCGGCCGGCGCAAGUCCCGCGCGGAUGUGGAGAAAGCGGAGGAAGAAUCCGAACCCGAAGACAGUGACUUCGAUCUCGGCGAGUUCCUCGUCGGCGGCCAUUUGGAACGCCGCACCACUUCUGGCGAGCCCGCCAAGAAAGUUGGCGUUGUCUUCAAGAACCUCACGGUGCAGGGUAUUGAGACAGGUGCCUCAUUCGUGCGCACGCUUCCCCAUGCUGUCGUCGGCACUUUUGGUCCUGAUCUGUACAAUCUCAUCUGCCGUUUCGCGCCCCAGCUGCGCUUGGGCAAGAAGCCCCCAGUCCGCGACCUGAUUCAUGACUUCAACGGUACCGUUCGCGAAGGCGAAAUGAUGCUUGUUCUAGGUCGUCCCGGUGCCGGAUGCACUACCUUCCUCAAGGCAAUCUCUAAUGACCGCGGCGCGUUCGCCGGCGUCUCCGGUGAAGUGAGCUACGGUGGUCUCUCGGCUGAGGACCAGAACAAGCACUUCCGUGGAGAAGUCAACUACAACCCGGAGGAUGACCAGCACUUCCCCACCCUGACAGUUUGGCAGACCUUGAAGUUCUCCCUCAUCAACAAGACCCGCAAGCACGAUCGCGAGAGCAUUCCCGUGAUCAUCGACGCCCUUCUGAAAAUGUUCGGCAUCAGCCACACGAAGAACACCUUCGUGGGUAACGAGUAUGUUCGCGGUGUCUCCGGUGGUGAGCGGAAGCGUGUGAGUAUUGCUGAAACCCUGGCUACUAAGUCCUCCGUUGUCUGCUGGGAUAAUUCCACCCGUGGUCUGGACGCCAGCACUGCUCUCGACUAUGCCAAGUCUCUGCGCAUCAUGACGGAUGUCAGCAAGCGCACCACCUUUGUCACUCUCUACCAAGCUGGAGAGAGUAUCUACGAGCUCAUGGAUAAGGUCAUGGUCAUUGACGAGGGUCGCAUGCUUUACCAAGGUCCCGCCAACAAGGCCCGUCAAUACUUCAUCGAUCUGGGCUUCUACUGCCCACCCCAAUCCACCACUGCCGACUUCCUCACUUCGCUCUGCGAUCCCAACGCCCGUGAAUUCCAGCCCGGUCGCGAAGCCUCCACCCCUAAGACCGCCCAGGCCCUUGAACAGGUCUUCCGCGAAAGCCAGGCCCACAAGGAUAUCAGGAGUGACGUCUGCAGUUACGAAAAGCGUCUUCAGGACACAGAGCAGGAGGAUACUCGCCGCUUCGAAACGACCGUUGCACAGUCCAAGUCCAAGACUGUUUCGAAGAAAUCGCCUUACACUGUCUCUCUCGUUCGCCAGGUCAUGGCUUGUGUGCAGCGUGAAUUUUGGCUUCUUUGGGGUGACAAGACCUCUCUCUACACCAAGUAUUUCAUCAUUAUCUCCAACGCUCUGAUUGUCUCUUCUCUGUUCUACGGCGAAUCCAUGGAUACCAGCGGUGCAUUCUCGCGCGGUGGUGCUCUUUUCUUCGCUAUUCUCUUCCUGGGCUGGCUUCAAUUGACGGAGCUGAUGCCCGCAGUCUCUGGUCGUGGAAUCGUUGCCCGUCACAAGGAUUACGCAUUCUACCGACCCUCCGCCGUCUCAAUUGCUCGUGUGGUUGUGGACUUCCCUGCAAUUUUCUGCAUGGUCGUCCCCUUCUCGGUCAUCGUGUAUUUCAUGACUGGACUUGAUGUGUCGGCUUCAAAGUUCUUCAUCUUCUUCCUGUUCGUGUACACCAACACGAUGUGUAUUACUGCAUUGUAUCGAAUGUUCGCUGCGCUAUCGCCAAGCAUCGAUGACGCUGUUCGAUUCAGUGGUAUUGCCCUCAAUUUGCUCAUCAUCUACGUCGGUUAUGUGAUUCCCAAGCAGAGUCUGAUCGAGGACUCAAUCUGGUUCGGCUGGCUGUUCUACAUCAAUCCCAUUUCGUACAGUUAUGAGUCCGUCUUGACAAACGAAUUCUCGGAUCGAUCCAUGGAAUGUGCGCCUUCUCAGCUUAUUCCUCAGGGCCCCGGUGCCGACCCCAAGUACCAGGGAUGCGCAUUGGCUGGAGCUUCUUUGGGUUCUAACUCCGUCCCUGGCGCGCAGUACUUGGAGACCAACUUCCAAUUCACGCGCAGCCACCUCUGGCGCAACUUCGGUGUUCUCAUUGCUUGGACCGUUCUCUAUAUUCUGGUGACUGUUAUUGCCUCUGAGGUUCUUUCUUUCGCUGGUGGCGGCGGUGGUGCUCUGGUCUUCAAGAAGUCCAAGCGCGCUAAGCAGGUCGCUACUCAGGCCAACGGCUCCGACGAGGAGAAGGUUGCCAGCACCGAUGAUAACGCUGCGGUAGCUCGCGGCCAGGGUACUUCCUCUGCUGAUGAUGCGACUUUCAACCGUCUGUCUUCCAGUGAACGCUGCUUUACCUGGGAGAAUGUUGAAUACACUGUGCCGUAUGGUAACGGAACCCGGAAGCUUCUCAACGGUGUCAACGGCUACGCUAAGCCCGGUGUCAUGAUUGCUCUGAUGGGUGCCUCUGGUGCCGGAAAGACCACCCUGCUUAACACCCUGGCGCAGCGCCAGAAGAUGGGUGUGGUGACUGGUGACAUGCUUGUCGAUGGCCACAAGUUGGGUACUGAUUUCCAACGUGGAACUGGUUUCUGUGAACAGAUGGAUCUCCAUGACAACACGGCGACUAUCCGUGAAGCUUUCGAGUUCUCUGCAAUUCUCCGUCAGCCUCGUGAUGUUCCUCACCAAGAAAAGGUCGAUUACGUGGACCGAAUCAUCAACCUGCUCGAGCUGGAGGAAAUCCAAGAUGCUAUCAUUGGUUCUCUCAACGUCGAGCAGAAGAAGCGUGUGACUAUUGGUGUCGAACUCGCCGCUAAGCCAAGUCUUCUCCUCUUCCUUGACGAGCCCACCUCUGGUCUUGAUUCACAAGCCGCUUUCUCCAUCGUUCGUUUCCUCAAGAAGCUCUCUCAAGCCGGUCAGGCCAUCGUCUGCACCAUUCACCAGCCUUCCUCAAUGCUUAUCCAGCAAUUCGACAUGAUCCUUGCUCUCAACCCGGGUGGAAACACCUUCUACUUUGGCCCUGUCGGCAAGGACGGAUCAUCCGUCAUCAAAUACUUCGGUGACCGCGGCUUCCACUGUCCUCCCUCCAAGAACGUUGCCGAAUUCAUCCUUGAAACCGCCGCCAAAGGAACCCAGCGGAACGGAAAACAAGUCGAUUGGAACGAAGAAUGGCGCAAUUCAGAGCAGAACCGCGAGAUGCUCUCUGAGAUUGAACGAAUCCGAACAGAGCGCUCCAAGGUCCCGGUCGAAGACUCCGGCUCUUCUCACUACGAAUUUGCCGCGCCGACAACCACCCAGACCUUGCAGCUCACCAAGCGACUGUUCAAGAACUACUGGCGUGACCCCUCCUACUACUACGGUAAACUCUUCGUCAGCGUCAUUAUCGGAAUCUUCAACGGCUUCACUUUCUACAUGCUGCCGAACACAGUGGCCUCGAUGCAGAACCGCAUGUUCUCUGUCUUCCUCAUUAUCCUUAUUCCCCCUAUCGUUCUGAACUCCAUCGUUCCCAAGUUCUACAUCAAUCGCGCUCUCUGGGAAGCUAGAGAGUACCCAUCCCGUAUCUACGGCUGGGUCGCCUUCUGCACAGCCAACGUGGUCUGCGAAAUCCCCGCUGCCAUCAUCACUGGUCUCAUCUACUGGCUCCUCUGGUACUACCCCGUCGGAUUCCCGACCGACAGCUCAACGGCCGGAUACGUGUUCUUGAUGAGCAUGCUAUUCUUCCUGUUCCAGGCAUCCUGGGGCCAGUGGAUUUGCGCCUUCGCGCCCUCUUUCACUGUCAUCUCCAACGUCCUGCCUUUCUUCUUCGUCAUGGUCAAUCUGUUCAACGGUAUCGUUCGUCCUUACGCCGAUUACCCCGUCUUCUGGAAGUACUGGAUGUACUAUGUCAACCCCACGACCUGGUGGAUGCGCGGUGUUCUCUCUGCGGUUUUGCCCGAUGUUCAGAUCGAAUGUGCCAGCCAAGAAGCCACACACUUCGACCCCCCACCUGGUCAAACUUGCGCGCAGUAUGCCGGGGAAUUCGUUUCUUCAAUUGCCAAGGUUGGUAAAUUGAUUGACCCGGAUGCUACCAGCGAUUGCCAGUACUGCCCAUACACGACCGGAGCAGACUACAUGACCAACUUGAACGUUCAUGAUGGUGAUAAGUGGCGCUCCUUUGGAAUCUUCCUGGCCUUUGUCAUCAUCAACUGGGCUUUGGUCUACUUCUUCAUUUACACUGUGCGUGUUCGUGGUUGGAGCUUUGGUAUUGGAACCCUGUUUGGUGCGGCUGGUCUUAUGGUCGAUCGCAUCAAGGGACUGUUCAAGCGUGAACAGUAG